AUGAGGCUCAGAACUGCUGGGUUCACGCUGGCUGUUGAUAUUGAUACCAUCAAAGCUGGCCCGGACGAAACUCCGAUUCCGUGGAUCGAUCCCUACAAAAUGGUUUCGGCUCUCGCUGAAUGCGACAAGUUGGAUCUGAUUUUCCCUGAUGAAUGCAAUCUGCUGGAGUUCUGGAACCGGUUCUCCAAGAUUUUUCCGGACCAUUGGAUAUUCGAGGCUGCAUCAGCAGGUAAGUUUAACUUGGCUCGGACACUACCUUUCUAUUCGCAUGGCGACGAAGGAAGGGGCAAGCGCAAGAAAGGCAUCCUGUUGUGGAGUAUGCGGGGUGCUGUUGGACAAGGUUCACAACUUUUCAAUUCUUUGCAUAGCAUUGAUGAUCGGGCUAAGAAAAUGGGACUGAACAUGGGCGGGAGUCUGAAAUCAAGAUUCCUUCAUGUCGCUGUGCCGAAGCAUAUUUAUGGCAAAGGGGCCGAGUCAGUCUGGGAUGACAUUGCCUUUCAGAUUGGUUCUUCUUACCGACGAUUGCAAACCGAAGGUUUUCUUUACAACGGCCGGCGGUUCCAUGCUGCAUGUCUGGGACUAACAGGCGACAAUCCAUUCCUGGCCAAAGUUGGUCAUCUGCUGCGGAACUAUGCACGAGUGGAAAAGAAGAUUGGAGAUGUGGCUGGGCACGGCAUAUGUUGGGUUUGCAUGGCGGGAACACCUAACGUUCCUUUCGAGAACAUGAAUAUGUACCCGGAGUGGUCCCACACACUCUUCGAGGUGCCACCCUGGCCGGAACUGCCACGGUUCUUUGAAGGGUUGGGCUGCUCUUGUGAUGAUGAAACACUUCCGAGCAACUUGUACUUUGAUGCAUGGCACAAUUUUCAUGGUGGCGUGGGAAAGAAUAUGGUGGCAUCCACUGCUGCUGAAAUUCUUGAAAGCAUGGACACAAAGGAAAGUCUCGACACCAGAAUCGACGAGUUCAAUGAUGCUUACAAGGCAUGGCGAAAAGACUCGAAACUCACUUUGCAUUAUGGACAGAUUGACUUAAACUUGUUUGGUCUGGAGUCAGGAAUGCAAGCUUGGCCAGUUGGAGCUUGGUCAAAGUUCAAUGAUACCCGUGUGCUUCUGUCUUUCUUCGAAGAUUAUUUGAGGAAGAGGCAAUACGUGAUCACUGAAGUCACCGAGCUGGCGCUUGAGGGUGUGGCUUCAGCCAACUUAUGUUUUCGUGUUUGCUACAGCGCUGGCUAUUGGAUGUCUUCGGAGGAGGCUGCGAAAGCGGGUAAAGCGGGUAUGAGGUUUCUUUGCUGCUAUGCACGCCUCGCUGAGGCGAGUUUGCGACAAAAUCGUCUGAGGUAUCCUUUGAUGCCCAAAAUCCAUUACCUGCAUCAUGGCUUUCGGGAUAUGCUGCUGCUUUCUAGGCAGCACCCAUGGGUGCCAAAUAUGCUGCACUCUUCCGUUCAACUCGACGAAGAUAUGGUGGGACGGAUAGCCCGUCUGAGGAGGCGUGUUGGGUCUCAUUUGCUGAUGCGCAGGACGUUGCAGCGGUACUUGAUUUCGGCACAUCUCGCGAUCUUCACGUGA